ACGUCACCUACUUCUCCACUGCGGAGAGUUCCAGUUGGUUUCGCCCCUUGCAGCUGGGAAGUUCAUUAUGGGAGAUGUGAAGGAGGGAUACCUCUGUCCCAUCUGCGUGGAAGACUUGGGGAACUUCGAGGAGCUGACAGCUCAUUUUGAAGCGAACCACGCUGCCGGCGAGCGAGAUGUUUUGCACUCGCUGAAGGGAUUCAUCGGACGCGCCAGGCGAAAGAUCCUCGCUGACUCUCCUGUGCUCGAUGAAGAACAAACGCCUGACUGGGGGCAGCAAGAAAUCGGUUUUUGUCAGUCUCAUACAGGCACUGUACGCAUGAUCCGUGGUCGUCGAGUGGAUCGGUACGUCGGGCAGAGCAACAAGCUGCUCAUCAGACUGACCAAACUUGUGGUAGACGCUCCCAGUGACCCCGAGAUGAGGAAAGCCCGUGAAAGGUCUCUCGUGCCUUGGGUGGAAGAUGCGGAUGUCAAACUGUGUCCCAGCUGCGCCAAGGCUUUCAGCAUAUCCCGCCGAAGGCAUCACUGCCGCUUGUGCGGAGGCAUCAUGUGCCAGCUAUGCUCAGAGUUUCUGGAUUCUGCUACUGUUCAGCAGCUGGUGGCCUCUGCUGGGAGCCCAUCGGCCAACGUUGGGGAGGAACCACUGCGCCUGUGCCGGGACUGCCGUGUUCUCUUGAACCGCCGCCUUUCGCAUCCUGAGCAGCCACCCCCACUGUUGGCGCAAUAUGAGCGCCUACGGAAACUAAUGGAUGAAGCCAAAAAACUGCUGCCUGGCUACUACCGUCAAAUUGAUGGAAUGAGGGAAGGCAGAACAGGACUCGAAGAAGAAGCCAAAGCAACAAGGGCACGCCUUUGCCGCAUUGCUGAGCAACUAGACCUAGUCAGCCGACAGAUCGGCAGUGGAGGCACCACGCCACGCCAACUUCAGUUGCGGGGUGCCCUGCGACUAGCAGCCAGCCACUUUCUACGUCAGGGACUGUUGGGCCUGCCAGGUCUGCCAAAGCCACAGCCAAAGCUGGAGCAAGGUUGGAGCCCCAACAGCGUAAAGGCCCCACCAGAAGAGGAAGACCCCCUGGCACAACAGAUGGCCAUCAUUCGUGGCUACAUUCAACAGGCACGACGAAGUCAGCGCUACGAAGAGCUGGCUUCUCUUGAGGCCAACCUGCAAGAACUCAAGCAGGAGUAUCUGAAGCGCACCCUUGGCACACCAGCAAAAUAAACAAUAUUUAGUUAGACUUUCUACAAA